GGUUAACUGAAAAUUUACUGUUUGGUUUGGUUUUUUAUAGACGAUGAAAAAAUGCGAUAAUGGUGAAGAAACGCUCUCGUUCACGAGACCGGACCAGACCAAACGACAGGCACCGAAUGGUACUCAAAAUGCUGACAAAUGUUUCUUCUUACUGGUCAUUUGAAAAGUUGAUAUUGCAUGCACUCAACUUUCCAUUUUGGUGGGAUUUCAAGAACAACUUCAUCUUCAUCACUCAUCAGAUUAUCAAGGAUUAUAUAGUUAUCUUGGACUGUCUUAAUUUUGUGGGUUGAUUUGAUUAUCUAAAGAAGAAUGCAAUUGGAGGGGGCAGUCGACAAGGAAAAGAAUAGAGUUAUAUUUGUUGAAUCUGAUGGGGAUUUUGUUGAUGUUCUCUUUACUUUUCUCACAAUGCCUAUGGGAGAAAUUGUUAAGCUCAUGCGUAAGUACCAACAAACAAAAACAGUAGGCUGCAUGGACAAUUUGUAUGCGAGCAUUGAAAACCUUGAUUCUAAGUGUUUCAGCAAUGAAACAUGUAGAAAAAUGCUGCUAAAUCCUGCGAACGGAGCUGCAACUCAGUGCAAGAAACUAAAACCUCAAAUCAAUGAUACGAAAACUUUCGAGUUCUUUUCCUGUGAGAAUUUUUCUAGGUGCAGAUUGGUGAGUCAAUAUGAAGGUACUAUUUGUGACUGUGGAAAAGGAAUGUGUUUGUAUGCGCAAUUUGACAAUGACAUUUGUGGUUCUCAAAAAGAUGGUGGUUUUGUUAAGCGACUCACUAGAGUUAUGAUUAGUGAUGAAUUACAAGUGAUGCCUCUUUCAACUGCAUCCGCCUUUUCUUUCCUUUCCAAGCUUGGAGUUAUCGAUGGGAAUGCCAUUGCGGGGAGGACUUUUGACAUUGGAUCAAUCCAUAAGGUUGUGAAUUUGCUGAAAAGCUCAUUAGUGUCUGAGACAUCCUUGACUGAAAUUUUAUUGAAGCCAAACGAAAUACCUGAAAUAAGCAAGAAAACCUCGAAGCUAUACAGUUUCUCUCUUAAAACUAAAUCGGGGGAUCAAUACACAUCCAAAGGAAAUGACAAGAUCCGUAUUAAGCUGAUGCUCAGCAAAUCAAACAAAAAGGUUUGUUAUGCAGAAGCUGGUGAAGAUUUUGUUGAUCUACUCUUCAGCUUCCUUACUGUGCCACUUGGUUAUAUAUUGAAAGAAAUGAAUGGUGCUGUUUCAAAUGGAUGCAUCCAUCAUCUAUACAAUAGUAUCGCGUGUCUUGACGUUGAAACAUACUUCAAGUCGGAUUACCACAAAGAGAUUUUACUGUCUCCCAAGGUUGCUCCUAACUUGGGUUAUGAGAAUCAGCUACUGAGGGUAGAGGAAGCUGUUCACCCAGAAUACCACUCCGUUUACAGUCGAAAUAAACUAAGAUUUUCGAUUGACAAAUUAUCUAUUCAUAAUGAUCCAGUCCAUGUAAAGGAUCCUAAAUUAUCUGAUAAGGUAGCUAAAACUAGUGGAGGAUUUGUGAUGAUGGGACCAGCAAUGUUUACAGUAACUGAUGAUCUGAUUGUGACACCCAUAUCCAUUGUAUCAGGAGUAUCUAUUUUGAGUAAAUUGAAGGUGCCAUUCACUGACCUCGAGGAUCGCUCUGUUUAUGUGGGCACUAAGGAGGCUGUGCAUCUCAUGAUAGCUUCUUUUAUCUCGGAAUCUGCUUUAACUGAUACUUCCGUCUCCCAAAUACUCAAAGUUCCGAAACAAGAAUCAUAAGCAUUUCAUCGGUCUUCUAAUGCUGGAAGUGAACAAAAGCUGUGUUUGCGUAUGCGCAAGUUUUUGCUGCUUUUGCAGUGCACAAGUUUUUAUCGUUUUGUUGGUCAUUACUUAUGGAGACUACUGUUAUCAA